CUUUGUAGAAACACACACUUGUCUGAAACAUUGAAACUGUGUGGACCAGACAGAUGCUCCGUGUCACAUUUGCACAGACUACAGGAGAGAGAGGGACCAAAAAUCUCAGCAAGAACUGCUCUGGAACUUUAAAGGGACUUCACUGACACAUCAGAAACAUUAACAGACAACACUCAUGGAGAGAAAUACAAGUUUCUCGCUGUUGUCCGGCAAUCACAGCCACUCCAACAGCACUUGUUCCCGUGACAACGUUCUGAAGACAGUGGUUUUUCCUGUUCUCUACUCCUUCCUCUUCCUGGUGGGGCUGUCACUCAACAGCGUGGCUGCGUGGGUGUUUUUUCGCAUCCCCUCAAAGUCUCACUUCAUCAUAUACCUGAAGAAUAUUGUGGUUGCGGAUAUCAUUAUGACCUUCACGUUCCCUUUCAAGAUUUUAUCGGACUCCAACAUGGCUUCCACUGGGCUGCGUGUAUUCGUGUGUCGAGUUUCCUCGGUGCUCUUCUACCUUACCAUGUACAUCAGCAUCCUCUUCUUCGGCCUCAUCAGCAUUGAUCGCUGCAGGAAGACCCUCAAGCCCUUUAGGGGGACUAAUGCAGCCCGGCUGACCCGUCGUAAAAUACUUUCAGGAGCCAUAUGGGCCUUUCUGCUGGUUCUAUGUCUGCCCAACGUCAUCCUGACAAGUAAAACCCCGACUUCUCCAUAUUUCAAGUGCGGUGACCUGAAGACACAAGCUGGACUGUACUGGCAUGAGGUGGUAAAUCAUGUCUGUCAAGUUAUUUUCUGGGGCAACCUGGUGACUGUAAUAAUAUGCUACACUCUAAUCACCAAGGAGCUGUACAGAUCCUACUCCCGCACUAAGUCCCAGAGCGCUGGAGGGACCAUAUGUCAGGCGCCGAGUAGGGCGACAACUCGGAAGCCCGGCCAGGCCAACAGAAAAAUGAGUGCAAAUGUGUUCCUGGUUCUGGCAGUGUUCUUUGUGUCCUUUGUGCCAUUCCACUUUGCCCGUGUGCCAUACACCUUGAGCCAGACCCGAGGGGUUCUCUUUGACUGUAAACUCAAACUCUUCUUCUUUCAGCUAAAGGAGAGCACACUCUUCCUCUCAUCCUUAAACUCUCUUCUGGACCCUCUCAUCUACUUCUUCCUCUGCAAGUCCUUCAGGACCACUUUGUUUAAGACCCUGCAGCUGCCUCCUGGUACCUGUGCCUGGCUACUAAGAAGAGAGUCGGACACAGAUACAGGCGUCACCCCUCUGAGAGACUCCUCUGCCAGUACAUAAAACCACUGGACAUGAUAAAGACAUUUUUCAAAUGUGCAGGUUCUGUAUUAUAAAUACAGUAGGUGACAGACAUUGUGAUCUUUUGUAAAUAUCUUUUGUAUUUUGUAUAAUCAGUAUGUUGACUCAGUCCUAGAGACAUAAAUGAAAUGUAUAUGUGUAUUUGUGUUUACAAUUAUCACAAAAUCAUAAUUCACAAUUUUAAAAUGAUCAACUUAAACUCAUUAUGCAAACUUUUCUAUUGUCUGUGGAAAACAGACAAUAAGAGAAUUGCCUGUAGGAGAAGUUAAAAGUACAUAGAUUUUUUUUAUAUUGUUAGUGUCAAACUUGAUGAAUUGACACUGGUAUGUUUUGAGGGUUUGUUUUCCUUUCCGUUCUCUAUUUCAAAUGAUAACAUUACAGUUCCUCUUCUAUGUUUUCACAUACACUAAUCUUGAAAAGAAGAAAUGUGACUGAAAAUGAAACUCUCGUGGACAUCCACAGUAUUCCUCUAAAAUAACCUACCUGUAUAAUAAACCUCAAGUCAUACAUA